ACAAAAUUCACAGUCUCUCUUCUCUCGUCUAAUCAUCUUUUUUAGUUUAUCCGCUAGGGUUUUGAAGCAAGGUUUCGCUUGUGCGUCGCGAUUUUCUCGAUAUCGCCCAUGGCGAAACCAAGUCGUGGCCGUCGUUCCCCUUCCUUGUCUGGCUCUUCCUCUCGGUCCAGUUCCAGAUCUCGUUCCCGCUCGGGUUCGAGUCCCUCCAGGUCUCUUUCACGCUCCCGCUCCCGCUCUAGGUCGCUCUCUUCAUCCUCAUCUCCUUCCCGGAGCGUCAGUUCUGGGAGUCGCAGUCCUCCUCGCCGUGGAAAAAGUCCUGCUGGACCUGCUAGGCGGGGUCGCUCUCCUCCUCCACAAUCUAAAGGAGCCUCUUCACCUUCUAAGAAAGCUGCUCCUACUCAAGAAUCUCUUGUUCUCUAUAUUGGUUCUCUUAGUAGGAAUGUGAACGAAGGCCAUCUGAAAGAAAUAUUUGGCAACUUUGGUGAAGUUAUACAUGUGGAACUUGCGAUGGAUCGAGCUGUUAAUCUUCCAAGGGGACAUGCUUAUGUUGAGUUUAAGGCAAGAGCUGAUGCUGAGAAAGCGCAGCUGUUCAUGGAUGGUGGCCAAAUUGAUGGAAAUGUUGUUAAAGCAAGUUUCACUCUACCACCUCGUCAGAAAGUAUCUUCACCCUCUAAACCUGUCUCAAGUGCACCAAAGAGAGAUGCAUCAAAAUCUGAUAAUGCAGGUGCUGAAAUUGAGAAAGAUGGGACCAGGCGCCCAAGAGAGACAUCUCCGCAUCGGAAAACAGUACUCUCUCCAAGAAGGAGAUCACCUUUACCUAGGAGAGGCGCAUCACCUAGGCGAUUGCCUGAUUCUCCCCCGCGCCGGAGGCCUGGAUCUCCUAUCCGCCGUCGUGGUGAUACACCACCUAGGCGCAGGCCAGCAUCGCCAUCUAGAGGCCGUUCUCCAUCUUCUCCCCCUCCAAGACGAUAUAGAUCUCCUCCAAGGGGAUCCCCAAGAAGAAUCCGCGGCAGUCCUGUUCGAAGACGGUCUCCUCCUCCUCUAAGGCGAAGGUCACCUGCAAGGAGAGUUCGCAGUCCUCUCAGAAGAUCUCCAAUCCGCAGGCGUAGCCGGUCCCCAAUUCGUAGACCUGGUCGUUCUCGUUCAAGGUCUAUCUCACCCCGCAGGGGACGAGGUCCAGCUGGUAGACGUGGGAGGUCAUCGUCUUACUCCAGUUCACCAAGUCCCAGAAGGAUUCCUAAGAAGGUUUCAAGAAGCCGCAGUCCUAGAAGACCACUAAGAGGAAAAAGAAGCAGCAGUAACAGCAGCAGCAGCAGUUCACUGCCACCACCGCCACCACCUCCACCUCGCAAAACUUGAGAUAACGUGUUUACCAGAGACCAAAUGAGAGUUGUGGCUUUUGUAGUGUUUGGAUGUAUUAAUCUUCUUUUAUGGAUCUCCCAUUAGAUCAAUGCAAUGAUAUUAUGACUUGUUCUUUUGACAUUAUUUCAUAAGUAUGUUCAAUCUUUUGGAAGAA